AUGGUAGAAGAAUCGCAUAAUCACCUCUUUUUUGCUUGUUCUUUUACGAGGCCAAUUUGGAUCUCUCUUCAACUUAAGUGUCGAUUUCAUGCUAUACCUUCUUCUUGGAAUGGGUUCACUCGAUGGGCAUUGAGGCGUUGGGCGAGUAAGAACCUCAAGAACUCAGUGAAUAAGCUCAUGUUGUCCACCUCCAUCAACCGUAUCUGGCAAGAACGCAACAACAAGAUCUUCAGAUCCAAGAAAUGUUCGCAAAUGAUGAUCUUCAGGCAAAUCACAAACAUGAUCAGACAGAAACUUUUAUCCACCUCUGUGAAGGACUCGAACAUAGCAAGACGACUGAAGCGUGACUGGGAUCUUCCGUCCUUUAUUAGCCCACCGCCGGAGCCGCCAGACCUCCCAUUUUAG